AUGAACACGGUUACCGUACGCAGGUUCGGUCUCGCCCUCAUCACCACCCCACUCCGACUUGCUAGUCGAAAAGACGCCGUAUCUGUUCGGCUCCGAAUCUAUUUCAUCUUAAAGCCGUACCAUUUGCCUUUUGGUGUACAAACUCUUCAUCGCUUUUGGCUUCCAAAUAUUUCAACUCAUGCCGCCUUUGAAGUCUUGAGAGAGCGCGGUUCUUUGGAGGUGGUCAUACUGGUAGUGCACUUCUCAAAAGCGGCGAGCGUUCGUACGGGCUCUAGACCCAUUCUAAUGAUUUUCAUACACCAUGUCGUGGAGCACUCACUUGGGGAUGGCGCCAAUUUCACACCAUUUCAGGACAAACCCUUGCAUCCACUCGACUUCCACAGAUUUCAGGAACAGUUUGAGAAUAUCAAAAAUUCUCGCAUAAAUUUCCAGGAGUCGCGUUCAGAAGCAGUGCCUCUGGGUGAAGGGGAGGAGUAA